UCCCAGGCUGCACGGAGUCUGUGGUCCGGCUGGAACCCGAAGCAGGAAAGGUGAGGGCCGCUGUCCGGGUCAGCCCGCAGGCCCGGAGCAAUGGCGUCCCCGGUAACCCCAGGACCCUCGGCCCUCACCCCAGUGGGUGACCUCUGGUCCAGAGGGCCCCAGUGCCCUCCUGACCCACCGCCAGAGCCCAAGCCGCUCCCAGAGCUGAUCCGCCUGAAGCGAGAUGGAGGUCGCCUGAGUGAGCGAGACAUUCAGAGUUUCGUGUGCGCCGUGGUGGACGGGAGCGCGCAGGGCGCGCAAAUAGGGGCCAUGCUCAUGGCCAUCCGACUGCAAGGCAUGGAUCUGGAGGAGACUGUGGCACUAACCCAGGCCCUAGCCAACUCUGGGCAGCAACUGGAGUGGCCAGAGGCCUGGCACCAGCAGCUCGUGGACAAACAUUCCACAGGGGGAGUGGGUGACAAGGUCAGCCUGGUCCUGGCACCUGCCCUGGCUGCCUGUGGCUGCAAGGUUCCUAUGAUCAGUGGACGUGGUUUGGGGCACACAGGGGGCACCCUGGAUAAGCUAGAGUCGAUUCCUGGAUUCACCGUCAUCCAGAGCCCAGAACAGAUGCAAGGUCUGCUGGAGAAGGUGGGCUGCUGUAUUGUGGGUCAGAGCAAGGAGCUGGUUCCUGCGGAUGGAAUCCUGUAUGAAGCCAGAGAUGUGACAGCAACCGUUGAUAGCCUGCCACUCAUCACAGCCUCCAUCCUCAGCAAGAAGGUGGUGGAGCGCCUGUCUGCACUGGUGGUGGACGUCAAGUUCGGAGGCGCCGCCAUCUUCCCACGCCAGGCAGAGGCCCGGGAGCUGGCGAGAGCACUGGUUGAUGUAGGGGCAGGCCUGGGGCUCCGGGUUGCAGCAGCUCUGACAGCCAUGGACCAUCCCCUGGGCCGCAGCGUGGGCCACACCCUGGAGGUGGAGGAGGCGCUGCUUUGCAUGGACGGCGCGGGGCCACCGGACCUGCGGGACGUGGUCAUUAGGCUCGGGGGCGCCCUGCUCUGGCUCAACGGACAGGCGGAGGCCCAGGCCGAGGGCACAGCCCGGGUGGCCGCGGCGCUGGACGACGGCUCGGCCCGGGACCGUUUCGAGCGGAUGCUCGCGACGCAGGGUGUGGACCCGGGCCUGGCCCGAGCCCUCUGCUCCGGGACCCCCGCGCAGCGCCGGCAGCUGCUGCCCCGCGCCCGGGAGCAAGAGGAACUGCUCGCGCCCGCGGACGGCACCGUGGAGCUGGUCCGGGCGCUGCCGCUGGCGCGCGUCCUGCACGAGCUGGGGGCCGGGCGCAGCCGCGCCGGGGAGCCGCUCCGGUUCGGGGUUGGCGCGGAGCUGCUGGUUGGCGUGGGCCAGAGGCUGCGACGCGGGUCCCCCUGGCUCCGCGUGCACCUGGACGCGCCCGCGCUCAGCGACCCGCAGCGGCGAGCCCUGCAGGGGGCGCUCGUGCUCUCGGACCGCGAGCCCUUCGCUGCCCCCUCGCCCUUCUCUGAGCUCAUCUUGCCGCCGACCGACGCGCAGCAAUAAAGCCGAGAGCCGCCAAGC